UUGGCGAGAUCUUGGCUGCGUUAUUGACACAACACUUUCUAUUGAUAGAAAUAAGUAGCGAUUGUCCCGAGUCACUGGCGCGCCAAAGUAACCGGCGAUGGGCUGGCGUGAGGCCGCCGGGCUCAGAGGGCUGGUUCCGCCGGCGGAGGAGGUGAUGGUGAUGGUGGCGGCGGCGAUGCUGUUCUCCCUCCUUGCAGAUCAGUGACAAGAGAAGGGGCAGAGAGUGAAACAGAGCGAGAGAGGGGAGAGGAGGAUAGAAUAGAGAAAAAAAAAAGAGGAAAAUAAAAAAAAAGAGGCGUCUACCAAAGCGGCUCAAACCGGGCGAACAAAUGCAAUCCAGCCAUGGACAAUAGUGGCCACCACACGGCGACCAAAAUCCUAGCGACUCCUCCGGCCAGAGAAAGCCUGUCUGCCAGGAGCAACAUGAUCAGCACGCCCAAGCCCCUCGCCUUCUCCAUUGAGCGCAUCAUGGCGCGGACGCCAGAGCCCCGUUCCAUCCCCGUCCCGCAGCUCCUCCACGGCUCCAUGGCCAAAGGCGACCCCAAGCACCCGCUGCACCUCAACUCCUCCAUCCCCUGCAUGAUCCCCUUUGUCCCGGUGGCGUACGACCCCCUGCCCAAAGCGGCGGUGGCCGGAGCGGAACCCAGGAAGGCUCAUUUAGACUCCUCUUCCUCGCCCUCGUUUAGCUGCGGCGAUCUCUUGAACUGUGCCCUGAGCUUGAAAGGAGAUUUCCCCCGCGAUGCCCUGCCCUUGCAGCAGUACAAACUGGUAAGACCCCGAGUGGUCAAUCACUCCUCCUUCCACGCCAUGGGAGCCCUGUGCUAUUUCAACCGAGGCGACAGCCCUUGUCACCCGUCCUCCAGUGUCAACAUCCACCCGGUGGCUUCUUAUUUCCUCAGCUCCCCCUUGCACCCGCAGCCCAAGGCUUACCUGGCGGAGCGGAACAAGCUGGUGCUGCCGGCCGUGGACAAGUACCCGGCGGGGGUGGCCUUCAAGGACUUGUCGCAGACCCAGCUGCAGCACUACAUGAAAGAGAGCGCCCAGAUCCUCUCGGAAAAAAUCGCCUACAAGACGUCGGAGUUCAGCCGCGGCUCCCCGAGCAGCAAGCCCAAAGUUUUCACGUGUGAAGUUUGUGGAAAGGUAUUUAAUGCACAUUAUAACUUAACUCGCCAUAUGCCGGUGCACACGGGAGCCAGACCCUUUGUUUGCAAAGUUUGCGGGAAGGGCUUCAGACAGGCAAGCACGCUCUGCCGGCACAAGAUCAUCCACACCCAGGAAAAGCCACAUAAGUGCAACCAGUGCGGCAAAGCCUUUAACCGGAGCUCGACCCUGAACACGCACACGCGAAUACACGCCGGCUACAAACCUUUCGUUUGUGAAUUUUGCGGCAAAGGAUUUCACCAGAAAGGCAAUUACAAAAACCACAAGCUGACUCACAGCGGGGAGAAGCAGUUCAAGUGCAAUAUCUGCAACAAGGCUUUCCACCAGGUGUACAACCUGACGUUCCACAUGCACACCCACAAUGACAAGAAGCCCUUCACCUGCCCCACCUGCGGCAAAGGCUUCUGCAGGAACUUUGACCUCAAGAAGCACGUCCGCAAGCUGCACGACAGCGCCCUGGGACUGCCCCGGGCCCCCGCCGAGCUGGGGGGGCCCGACCAGCCGCCGGCCCCCGCCGGGCCACUGCUGCCGGGCCCGCCGCUGCUCCAGCCGUGAGGGUGGGAGCUCUCGCUGCCCCUUGCAUGCACCUGUUAAGCGGUUUUGUGUGUUAUGCUCUAUAUCGCCACUAACGUCCAUGGGACCGGUUGUUUCCCUUCUUUAUUUUUCUAAUUUUAGGGGGUUUUUAAGACUUUUUUUUUUGUCGUUGCAUCUCAGGUGGAGAGAUGAUUUAAAAAAUGAAAAAGGAACAAAAAAGGAAAAGAAAACGCGCCAAGCCAAUUUCUGCUGUAUUUAUUUGGGAUCUGUAUUACCCGAGCCGGGAACGCUGCACCACUUUAAUUAUUUCGAUGUAUAUAUAUUUCCAUUGUGUUGAUCCCGCCCUGCCUCCGCUGCCUGCUGGUUAUUCCUCCCCCUUCUUGGUUUCCAUCUCUCCCCUCUUCCCCCCUGAAUAUCGUAUCUAUAUGGACAGAACUGGUUCGCUAUGUACGAAUUUGAAUUUCGGUUUGAUUCUUCUUGCACGUGGGGAAAAAAAAAAAAAAAGAA